AGUUACCCAGCUGUAAGACAGCAGUGUGUUUAUGUGGUAAGUCAAACAAUAUCUUCAGCUUUGAUUUGGGAGGAUAAGCUGAAGGAAACAGUGUCAGGAUGAAUAGAUUACAUAAAGGAUUCAACUCCCCUUGAUCAGGAUUUCUGUGUGGUUAACAAAAAUAAUUUGGGAGUAUAACGAAACCAGAGGUAUACAGGCAGCUCUACAAACAGCUCUACAAACACUGUACUGUACAUGUAUGUAUGGAUUUUAUGACCAGUAGAUUUCUAACUCUUGGUGAAAUUUGUAUUAGAGCUGACACAUGUGUUCUGUAGAAUAUAUUGGACAAGAGUCUCUGGAUUUCUGUAUCAAAGUUGACUACACAAUGUUGUUGGUGUAUCAGACCGGAGAGUUGAUUGUAUAUAACUUCUAACUGUUUGGUACAUGGUGUUGGAUUCCCAAUACAUUACAGUUCACUGCUCCAGAUGCUGAAACAGGAUUUAAACAAGCUGAAGUCAAGAACUUUGGAUAUUUCUAAGCACUAGAAGACAACCGUCUCCAGCAUCAUUGCAGGUUUGUUUGAACUCCACCACAAACACAGUAAGGUGAGGAAACAGAGGAGUUUCUAAAACCACAUGUACCAGAGGGCCACACUACAUAACCGUGGGUGAUCAGGGAGCCUCUCUCAUCCUGGCAGUGCCACACACUACACAGAGGUGGAUAGCAACCAGACAUCUAGUGUUAUCACAGGGCCCUCUCUCCUGAGAGAGUGUCUCACUACAAAUCAGUAGUUAACAAUGGAGCAUCAAGUGUCAUAGCUCUUUAUCACAGUGCUACAACCACAAACAGCGAGUGUCACAGUGCACAACAUUAUUAUACAGUCGCUAGUGUCAUAUAAUGCCACAGAAAAUAGUUGUGAAUAUCGAAUAGUGUUAAAUAGUGCCACAUCGAAAUAUAUAGCCACGAGUGUCAUACAGUGUAUUACCACACCACAGUGUACAGCCACAAGUGUCAAAUAGUACCACACCAUACAGCCAUAGAUAGUCUGUUUCAACAACAAUCCUGGGUGUCAAUUGCAGUGCUACACUGGUGGCUCAAGUUAAUAUGAUGCCACACCAGCAAUGUGGGAUAUUCACAGAGCCACUCAUGUGAUAUAGUGCCAAACAGGGGUGGUACCUCACUGCCUCUCUUUACAUGGUGAAUACAGCUAUCCAGUUGUUGGAACAGUACUUGCUGUUGGUGGCAGCAGUGGCUGUGGGGACAGUCUUGGUGGUUGCCGAAGAGCUAGUUUGUGGUAGCUGUGGCCACAAGGACAGUGUUCCUGGUGGUUCCCGAGGAGAUAGUCUGUGGUAGCUGUGGCCACGAGGACAGUCUUGGUGACAAGGAGAUAGUCUGUGGUAGCUGUGGCCACGAGGACAGUGUUGCUGGUGGUUCCCGAGGAGAUAGUCUGUGGUAGCUGUGGCCACAAGGACAGUCUUGGUGGUAGUUCCCGAGGAGAUAAUCUGUGGUAGCUGUGGCCUCGAGGACAGUCUUGGUGACAAGGAGAUAGUCUGUGGUAGCUGUGGCCUCAAGGACAGUCUUGGUGACAAGAAGAUAGUCUGUGGUACGGUCACUAGACAUCAUGGAGAUCUGUGUUCUUCAUAUAUUCUCUGCACUAUUGGGAUUUUACUUAUUUAAAGUGUCGAGUGCCAGCGUCCAGAACAUCUUUGUGAGUGGUUGUUCCCGAGAGACGAUAGAGUUGGGAUGUCCAUUAGGUCACAAGAUAGCCAUCAAAAGACUCUUUUACGGUGUCAAGUCCGAUCGUAAAUGUGCCGACAGGGGACGCAAGCAUAAGAGCGACUGUUGCCGUCGUACAUAUGAUGACUGUCUGAUAUUCAACGAGGACAAGUACAAUGUGUUGAAUAUCAUGUGUUCCGGCUACAGGAACUGUGAGGUGGAUGUGAAGAAGAUCAACACCCGAGGUGAAUGUGAUAAUCCGGAGUGGCGGUUAACGGACUAUAUGACCGUCAUCUAUGACUGUGUGGCAGACACAGACGUUGCCAGGUUCUGUUCGAAUGACCACAAGCGUGGUAAAGAACUGUACCUAUCAAAUAUGGACUACCCUUCGCCAAUAGUGCCAGGGCCUCGCACAUGUCGCUGUGUCCUCAAGUCUGGCUAUACCCAAGGUCUCUCCAUCCACGCCAUCGAUAUCAUGAUCACUCAGCCGGAGGACAGCCAAAUCUGCUCCCAGCGUCUCAGCAUCCAGGACACUUACGGCCAGACCAAGGUCAUUCGGUGUGGACAUGGGGGACUGUACGGGUUCCGCACUAUCUACAAUAGGAUGGUGACCAAUGUUAGCCUCGAACUGGAGAGCAAUGUGAACGACAGUCGAGGCUACAUCUGGCUUCACCUCAAAAGUGAGAACACAGAAGACUUUGUGAAUCUGUAUUGUGGGGAAGCUAUCAGUUCCCUCACAGCUGGGCCUGUUACAAACGCUACUGUGAUCCAGAAUCCAACACGAGCGCCCCCUGUGGGGAACAAUACUGUGUAUCCAAGUAAAGGAUGGUCAACUCCUCAUCUCAUACCUGAUAUGGUGGCCAUCAUUGGAGGGAUUGCUGCAGCCGUUGCCCUAAUCUUACUGGUCUGCCUGGUUGCCAUUGCUGUCCAUUGUACAAGAGUCCGGGAGCAACGCUACCCCAAAUUACCCGAAGUCAUUCCGUCGCCAAUGGUCCGCGGGAAAUCAUAUGACAAUGAUGAGCCUGACGCUACCAUCCAGAGAUACAACUAUGACGAGGAACGGUACUGUUCUAUCAAGAGAUCUCCAAUGAAAAUGACCAAAUACUCUGAAUUUGAUGGAGAUUCAGACAAAAAGUUAAAGGAGGCCUUUCUGGCACCGGAUAAUACUCCAGAAGAUGAUGCGCAUUUAGUGCCUAACGGGGCACCUCCCCGACCACCGUCUCCGGACCCGGCUCUGCUGGACAUGACACCACCUCCUGUAUAUAACGGAGAAUUGGAGAAAUAUUACACAAUGCAUCCGCAGAAACCUAAGACAGAAAUAGCAGAAAUACGAGUAACAUCCUCUUUACCUCAUAGAGGGAAAACAAAAAAGUCAGUGACAUUUUCUCCGGUUGCUAUGGUGACUCCCUUACCUUCUGGGUCAGAGGAGUCGAUUGGCUCUGAUGGUGACAGAAAUUUAGCCAAUGUAAUAGACAUUUAUCAGAAUUUGCAGGGAAAGCAUGGCUCCGAGUCUCCAGACCUGAAGGAGGCCAAACGGGUAAUGAUCCUUCCCCCUCCCCCAGAUGAAAAUGUUGUUCCAGUGAACACACCAGAUCCUAUGGAACUGGCGGAAAUGGAGGAGUUAUGGAAGACGCUGACGACUACAACUAUGGACGAGGGUGCUUAUGACAAUAUUGAAUAUUUGCUGGCACAAAAUAGGGCCAAUAAUCACCGAGAGGUCAAUGGGGUCAAACCCAAAAGUUUUGAGACUGGUGUGUAAUAAUGGGCCUUCUUCAUACAUAUGUAAAUACAUUAUUAUAUAUAUAAUGCGGAGAUUAAUUUUAGCAGACACAAAUUUAACUCCUUCCUAAAUGGUCUUAUCAAAGUCUACUACAUCUAAAGGGGCAUAACUCUCAUUUACUGUCAAGCUUUAUUUCUUUUUUCUUUUUUCUUAGCUUUAUUUCUGUGCAAUAUUUUGAUAUUAAUUGUUAUAGUAAUAAACUCAGGUUUAAUUUAUUUAUAUAUUGCUACUUAUAUAAGUCUGCUAAUAACCUUUUAGUCUGAUCAGAUAUGAUUUGAAGUAAGUUUAGAAUAAAUCAGAGAAUCAGAUUUUUGGUAUUCUACAAAAAUUGAGGUCUUAUG